UCAGUAGCUCAGUCAGCUCCCGCGACUAACCAUAUCUCGCUUCUCUCUCUGGUGACGGCCGCCAUGGCGACGGUGCUCGGCAACAUAGCUCUGCUGCUGGACCUGAACUCGCCCAGGGCUUCGAUCCCCGAUCGGAAGUGGCGCCCCUCGCUGGUGGACGCCGUCUCGGGCCUGACCAAGAGGGAGCCGCAGUUCACCUCCUACUACGCCGCCCUGGGCUCCAAGGGCUUCGAGGCCGACGGGGACGCCUGGAGCCACCGGGCCGUGGUGGCCCGGGGCAAGGCCAACUCCAAGGUGAACGGGGUCGAUUUCGGCGCCGGGUCCAGCGACGAGGACGGGAACGGGAACGGCAACGGCAGCGGGGGCGGCGAGGACGAGGAGGAGUUCGACUGGGAGAAGGAGAUGAGGAGGCGGGUGAAGGAGAUGGAGGAGAUGAAGGAGCUGGAGCGGAAGGCGGAGGAGCUGCAGAGCCGGGCGGAGGAGGAGGAGGGCGGAGGGGAGGGCGAGGGCGAGGGCGAGGGCGAGGGCGGGGAGGAGACGGAGGAGGAGAAGAAGAUGAGAGUCAGGAAAGAGCUUGAAAAGGUGGCUAAAGAGCAGGCGGAGCGAAGGGCCACAGCCCAGCUGAUGUUUGAGUUGGGUCAGAAAGCUUACGGAAAAGGAAUGUAUGGAAGGGCGAUUGAGUUCCUAGAGGGCGCACUUACAAUCAUUCCCAGGCCUACAUUGUUUGGCGGUGAGAUUCAGAUAUGGCUUGCAAUGGCAUACGAGGCUAAUAAUCGUCAUGCAGAUUGUAUUGCACUUUACCAACAGCUGGAGAAGAAGCACCCUAUUAUUAGCAUUCGACGUCAGGCUGCAGAGCUCAAGUAUAUCCUUCAAGCACCUAAGUUGAAAAUAUCUCAAGAAGAGAUGGUUACCAUUCCGCUGAUAGGAUCCAGCUAUGACAGUCUUCUGCUAGCAUGGUGUCUUUUAUUUCUCAACUGCAAGACGACUACUUCCCACAUUCUCCAACCUCACAACUCAUUUUUACUUUUCACUUCAUUUAACCAAAUUCCACUGCUUUAGGUUGCGGACGAAUAUUUUAAAAGCGGGCACCAGCACAAAAAUUCAAUAAAGGGUUUAGUCAAUAGUUAGUGGGUUGCUUGCCCAAACUUUGAUCAUUUAAACUUAGUCAUCUUUACCUUUACCCAUUUCACAAAAUUAACCUGUAUGAGAGAGCCUUCUCCCUUGUAAGUCUACGUUGAUUCUAGCCAACUCUACUGUUAAUAUCGCGGACUAGACUCAGAGGCUGAUGCUCAACUCUCAAAAAAGCACCCGAGAGCCUCAUCAACAAGUCUUCCUCUUGAUGUUAUUUGAAUUCUCUUGAAAACCUUGAAGAAAUCUUCUUUGGCUAGAAUCAACAUUCCCUCAUGCGAGGCGGUACUUUCUAUAUGCUUUCUGCUAGAGGAUGGUGUUGCCACCUCUUAUUUAUGUACUGUAAUGGGGUGUGUGUGCAGUUCCCAUAUAUAAUACCUUCCCUGAUGGAUCUUAUGUUGGCUUUACCUGCACCAUAUCUGAAUGAAUUAAUUGAGAUAUCUCACUGAGGAAAUCUGAGCUCACAGCUUUAGACGGGACACGAAAAUCAAAGCUGAGCAAGCAAAUGUUGGCUUGACAGGUGCGGUGGGGGCCCUAAGUGUGUCCUGUCCUAAUUUGCAACCUAAUACUGUCAAGUUUGCCUUUACCAUGUUGUUAUGGACGGGGUUAGCAUUUUGCUUGUGGUUGUUGUUAUAGCACUGAUGAAGACGAAUUGAAUGUUCAAAGCUCUCUAUCUCCUGCUUUUUGGUGAUGUCAUACCCUAAAUUUAUCAGUGAAGCAGAACUGGGAAUUCCAUAUGCUGGUAUUCUCGUCUCUUUGUAAACAUUGAUGACGUGAGUGCUUCGUGUGGCUAUUGCAGUUAUGCAGCAACUUGGAGUGGUAAGUACAAAGACAAGGAUCAAAA